GCUCGGCGGCCCGGCCGCCUCUCCUAGAUAAGCAGCUGCAGGCGCCGUUUCUGCCUAGUACCGUGCGCUUCCGACGCUGUAGCUCAUGGAGCAGGGAACCAGCCCGGAGAAAGAGCCUCUGUUGCCAGGGGCUGCCGAGCGUCACCGGCUCUACUCGGGCAGGGACAGCGGAGACCUGGGGGACGAUGGACACUGCGGCGUGUCCGCGGCCUCCUCGCCCCGUUCUGGCGGGCCUGUUAUUGAUGACCCUGAUCUCUACUUCAACCAAGCUGUAGUAUUCAUUGAAGAUGCAGUUCAGUAUCGUUCUAUAAAUCACCGUGUGGAUUCUAACUCCCUGUGGCUUUAUCGGUGGUAUUAUUCAGAAGUUUGCCAGUGGAUUUUGAUUCUCACCAUUACACUAAUCCUGGCUCUUGCUUUCAUUGAAACGCCUUCUUCACUUACUGCCACAUCAGAUGUUCGAUAUCGCUCAGAAGCCUGGGAGCCUCCUUGUGGCCUGACUGAAAUUAUUGAACUGCUUUGCUUCCUUGUCUUUAUAGCGGAUGUCUCUGUAAAGAGCUACUUAAUAGGAUGGGAUGAAUUUCGGAAAACCAAGUGGUUAAUGGCCUACAUCCUGGUCCUGCUCACCUCCCUUGUAGACUGGAGUAUUUCGCUGAGUUCUUCCUGUCAUGAAAAUCUGAGGAUAAGACGUAUCCUUCGACCUUUCUUCCUUCUCCAGAAUUCUUCAAUGAUGAAAAAAACACUAAAAAGCAUCAAGAGGACAUUGCCAGAAAUUGCAAGUGUUAUGCUGCUUUUAGCUGUUCACCUGUUUCUCUUUACCAUGUUUGGCAUACUACUGUUUGCUCGGACAAAAGAUGGUCAACAGGAUAAAGAAUGGCAAGGAUAUUUCCAUAAUUUGCCAGAUUCACUGACUUCAUUGCUGGUACUGUUGACAACCGCAAACAAUCCAGAUGUGAUGAUUCCUGCCUAUUCCAAGAAUCGAGCAUAUUGCAUCUUCUUUAUACUCUUCACUGUAAUAGGUAAGUUGCUUGUUUCUUUAAAUAAGACACCUGCAGAAGCCAUGCAGUGUGAAUUCUGUGUGAUGGCAAAUGUAAUUGUAGGAGGUGCAUAAAAAGCGAGUGGCUUAUGGAGGGGAGA